CACGCAUGCGCAGCUCUGAGGCGACGGAUGUUGACAGGCUGCUGCUGGGCUCGAGCUGUGGCUGCUACCGAUAUCACGUUUCUAGCAUCGCCCGCGUCUAGAACUUUCCUGUCACUCUAGAAACACUCUGCACAUCCGCGAGAGGCUCAUGGCAACUGAAAGCGGCUUUCCCGAUAGCUUCAUUGACGAGGACCCUCAGAAAGCUUUGCAGGCUCUUAACGAGGCCCUGCAAGGAGAUUCUGACAAGGCUGAGUGGUUUUGCCAGCGCGCCUAUGCCCACAUACUCCUCAAAAAUUACAGCUGUGCAGCUGAUGAUGCCAAAAAAGCACAACAGCUCAAACCCAGUUUGAGUCUUGCAUUCAUGCGAACAGGGAUAGCAGAGUACCACCUGAACCACUAUGAGUCAGCACAUGCUGCCUUCACUCAGGGACAUAAACUGGAUGAAUCUGACAAAUCAUUUGACGUCUGGAUCAAGCGGUGUGAGGAGAUGAUGGAGGACAAGACGCAGGACAAUAGCGCCAACACGCAGACGCCAGCAGUCCCACCUGUGAAACAUGAUUGGUACCAAACAGAAUCUCACGUCAUUGUCACAGUCAUGGCGAAAAACGCACCCAAGGAUGGCGUGUGUGUCAGCUUCAUGGAAAAAGAGCUCCGUGCUGCUGUGCAGCUGGCAUCAGGGGACAGCUACAGACUCCAGCUUCACCUCCUGCAUCCCAUUGUUCCUCAACAUAGCAGCUUCAAGAUCCUCACCACCAAGGUGGAGAUCAAGAUGAAGAAGACAGAUGCCAUCAGAUGGGAGAAGCUGGAGGGAGAGGGACAGGAGUCUAACAUCAAACACUUCAAUCCUAAUCAGUACCCAUCAUCCUCCCACUGCACCCACAAAUGGGACAAGAUGGUGGUGGACCUCGGUGAGGAGGAGAAAAACGAGAAGCUGGAGGGAGAUGCUGCGCUCAACAAGCUCUUCCAGCAGAUCUACUCGGACGGCUCAGACGAGGUCAAGCGAGCUAUGAACAAGUCCUUUAUGGAGUCAGGUGGUACGGUCCUGAGCACCAACUGGGGAGACGUGGGCAGGAAAAAAGUGGAAAUGAAGCCACCAGAUGACGUUGAGUUCAAGAAGUACUGAGUAUCUUCCUUUGGCACUGCUUAUUUUUCCUUCUUCAUAUUUUUUGCUCCGAACUCCAGCAGGGGGUCCUUGUUGCUCUGCAGUCUGCUACUACAUCCACCUCCCACACCUCGGUUGCGUGUUUGCUCUGAACCACACAUGACCUGCUCUCUGCAAUACCAUAAACCAAUUCAGUCUGAAGAAUCUAUUGAACAGGUUGUUUACGUCACCAGAUUUUAUAGGCUAAUGGACUCAAACAGAACUAUGGCCUGAAUAAAAACGUGACUGACCUGCCAACCUGAAACCCUCUGAUUCAACUCUUAAACUCCUCUCUCUCUGCCUUUCUUCUCUGAACAUCCUCAGCCUUUCCAUUUGGGGGCACUUCAAUACUCUCUGAUAUCAGCAUUUGGAUGAAAUUCACUUCCUGGCUCUUACAGUAUCUUGUUUCCUUGUAUGUUCGGUAGAAAGUCUCCAGGAAUACUCUGCAAACUAACUUGUCUGGACUAUCUGUGGCAUGACACCAAGUGGCUAGCCCAAUGUUUGGUGUGAAUAAAGGAUUUUUGUUUAACUCACAAA